AUGGGAUAGGAUGGAAUGGGACCUCCCCUUUGGGAUGGUGGAACUCCCAUGGCCACCACACCACCACCAUGAACCUUGACCCAUUUGGACCUCACAGACACCCUUCAUCCUGCUCCUGUGACUACCACCCUGAUCCAUGGGGUUCCCACAGACACCCCUCAUCCCAUUUCCCAAGGGUUCCAUGAUCAAUAGACACCCACCAUGCUGCUACCAUGACUACCCUAACCCAUAGGGAUCCCACCAACAACCCUCAUCCUGUUUCCCAAGGGUUCCAUGAUCAAUAGACUCCACUCAUCCUGCUCCCAGGAAAGGCCCUUUGCUCCAGCACCCCAGGGUGGCUCCCAUUGCCUGGGAUGUGGGGGACCCUCAGGAUGGGUGUUGCCCCUGCCCCACUGCAUGACCCUCCUGGGGCUGUUCCAUGUGUAUCCCCCCUAUCCUGCAGAAGGCAGCACCCUCCCAAGAGUCCCAUCUCAAGAAUCCCCCGCUACCGGCUGGGCCAGAUCCUGCCCUGGAGAUGUCACCCCGUCCGCCCUGCCCAGCAGUCCCCUCGCCCUGCCCCGGGGCACCCCACCGUGCCACGCACCCGGACACCUUCCCGGCCCCAGCUUUGGGGUGACACCAGGGCAGGCACGUGCCCUACACCUCCCGAUUGGGAUGUCCCCCCGCCCAGGCACUCUGGCACAUCCCCCGGAGCGGGAAGGGGGAAGCGAAAGCAGCAGGGCGCAGUACCCAUUGCCACGGGGCACCCCGAGGAGGCAGCACCCACGCCGAGGCCUGGGCCCUCCAGAAGCACCAAUGGAGAAGGACAUUGACGGCUGCCAGGAUGUGGCCAAGACAGUGCCAAGUGCCAUGCUGGGCACCGAGGGGACAGAUUCACAGCUGGAUGAUUUUGUGGGUGCUAACCCUGACUACAAUGAGGAGGAGGAGGAGCAGAAGUACUUUCGCCGCAAGCGCCUUGGUGUCAUCAAGAACGUGGUGGCUGCCAGCCUGGCUGGCACCCUCACUUACAGCGUCUACUUGGGUCUGCUGCAGAUGCAGCUGAUCCUUCACUAUGAUGAGACCUACCGGGAGGUGAAGUACAGCAACAUCCGGUUGGAGGACAUCGACCGCAAGGUGCUGAUGGGCAUCAAUGUCACACCCGUGGCGGCGCUGCUCUACACACCCAUCCUCAUCAGGUACGGCCCCGCCAUGCCCCGGCCAGCACGGCUCCCUGGCAUGGCCACCCACCCUUCCGCUCCUUGCCCCGGCAGGUUCUUUGGCACCAAGUGGGCCAUGUUCCUGGCGGUCGGCAUCUACGCCCUCUUCGUCUCCAGCAACUACUGGGAGCGCUACUACACGCUGGUGCCCUCCGCGGUGGCCAUUGGCAUGGUGAUCGUGCCCCUCUGGGCCUCCAUGGGCACCUACAUCAUGCGGAUGGCCCAGAAGUACUACGAGUACAUUAACUACAAGGAGGAGCAGGAGAGGGAGAGGCAGCGGGCGCCACGGGACGCCUGCAACACCUACAUCAUCAUCUUCCAGACCAUCUUCUACUCCUGCUUCCAUUUGAGCUUCGUCUGCGCUCAGAUGCCCAUGGUCUUCUUCCUCAACAACUACCUCUACCAACUCAACCACACGCUCUUUGCAGUGAAGCACUGCGGGACCCUGAGCCACGGCACGCUGCCUGGUUUCAACAAGACGGUGCUGCAGAGCCUUCCCCGCAGCGUCAGCCUCAUCAUCGUGGAGAGCGCGUUGAUGGCCGCCGCCUUCCUCGCCAUGCUGGUGGUGAGCGCCGGGGCGGGAGGGGACAGGGAUGGGCUGGACGAUGGCAGGACCUCACCUGACGGCGCUCCGCAGGUGCUGGUGCUGUGCGGCGCGGCGUACCGGCCCAUGGAGGAGAUCGACAUGCGCAGCAUCGGCUGGGGCAACAUCUUCCAGCUGCCCUUCAAGCACAUGCGGGACUAUCGGCUGCGGCACCUCUUCCCGCUGUUCAUCUACAGCGGCUUCGAGGUGCUCUUUGUCUGCACUGGAUUUUCCCUGGUAGGACGCGUGAUGGGGUGGGAGGUGACGGAGCGGGGACAGGCGAUGCUGAGCCUGUGCUCGCUGCAGAACUACGGCGUGUGCGCCCUCGGGCUGGAGAGGUUGGCGUAUCUCCUCAUGGCCUACGGCUUCUCCGCCUCGGUGUGCUCCAGCCUGGCCCUGUGCAUGCUGCGCCUGCGCCGGCGCAUCCCGCUCCUGGCUGGAGCCUUCAUCCACGCUGUGCUCCUGGUGACGCUCUUCUGCUGGGCGCCGGAGCCCCGGUACCUGGCGCAGGCGCCGCUGCUCUACAGCAUUGCCGCGCUCUGGGGCACAGGCAGUGCCCUCAACAAGACUGGAAUCAGCAUCCUCCUGGGGAUGUUGUACAAGAAAAAGGAGCGCCAAGACUUCAUCUUCACCAUCUACCACUGGUGGCAGGCCCUGGCCAUCUUCACUGUCUACCUGUGGUCAGGGCUGCCCAUGAAGGUAAGUCCCAGAUAUGCCCCAGCCCACUCUGAGACAUUCCAGGCUUUUUGGGGACACACCCCCACGCCAAUCCCAAAACUCCAUGGGCCGCAGGCCAAGCUGUCCAUCAUGCUGCUGACGUUGGUGGUGGCGGUGGGGACAUACCUGUGGAUGGAGCAGAAGGUGGCGUGGAACAUGGAAGUCCGGCUGCCCCGCAUCCCACGCCCACGCCACAAAACACGUGGAUACCGCUACCUGGAGGACAACUCGGAUGAGACUGGCUCUGACGGUGACGGGGACAAAGAGGAUGAUGACAGGCACCCAACUGAGGCCACCAGGGAGAACGAGCUGCCAAAAGAGGAUGGGGAACAGCUGGGAUAGGGACAGCCUGUCCUGGGCCCCAUCCUGCUCCUGGUACCUGAGGGGGUUCCACAGCUCCCCCCAGGUGGGCCCAAAAUUCUGCAAACCCCCUCAGGCCAGGCUUGCAACCCCCUGAGCUAAGCCUAAAGCCCCCAGCAGCCCAGAUCCCCUCACACUGGCUGACAGACACCCAGG